GAGAGAGAGAGAGAGAGUGUAUGUGUGUGUGAGUGUAUUUGGUGAGUGUUGGAUGUCAGAGGCUGGCCCUGUGUCAGCAUUACAAAUGUACGGGGAGUCAAAUCAAGAAGAUAUUGGAAGAGCCAACGCUGAGAACAUCAGAGCUGACGUGGACGUCUGUGCAGAGUGCAGUUUGUGAAAUCAGAAGUGGAGAUGAGAGAGUGGAUGGAUCCUGAGAUGGGCAUGAUGACCGGAGGCUACCUCUCUGGAGCAGAUGCUUACGGCAUGGCAGAACCGCAGUACUAUGAUGUGCUGGUGGAUCCGUUGGGAUAUUCAUACCAGGACCUUGAUCUACAGGCUUUUCCCUACAGCCAGCAGCACUACAAUCCAACAAACGUGCAAGUCUCUGUGUAUGGACCCCCCAGCUCUCAACCGUGUAACCCAGCGUACCCGUACAGCCCGCAGUGUCCGGAGCCUCCGUGUCCAGCAGACGUGGAGCUGCACGAGCAAGUGAGAGGAGGUAUGGGUACGACACCGGGCAUGAAGCGACCCCGGCUGGGGCCUGGAGCUAGGGUCAGGGGUCAGGAUGAACUCUGCGUGGUGUGUGGGGACAAAGCUUCAGGAUACCACUACAAUGCUCUGACCUGUGAAGGCUGCAAAGGCUUCUUCAGGCGCAGCGUCACCAAGAAGGCUGUGUAUCGGUGCAAGAGUGGUGGCAGCUGCGAGAUGGACAUGUACAUGCGUCGCAAGUGCCAAGACUGCCGACUGCGCAAGUGUCGAGCUGUCGGCAUGCUAGCCGAGUGUCUGCUGACUGAGGUACAGUGCCAGUCAAAGAGGUUAAGAAAGGGGGCCAAGCACCGAGGCGACUCACUUUCGGUGCUCACCGCUGAGGAUGAGGAAAGCAAUGAAAGCAGAAAUGUGUCCUCUACCAGUAGACUACCUGCACCAGCACGGGUGCCAUCAGGAUUGUCCAGAGAGCAGAAAUGUGUCCUGAACAGAAUUGUGGAAGCUUAUCGUCGGUACAGAGCUCAGGAUGGCACUCGUGUCCGGGUGUCCCAAGGAUCCUGUUUACAAGAUGGUGCUGAUCGGUUGACCGACUUGACCCCUCUAGAAAUAGAUAGACUUCUGCAGUUCUCAAAGAGCAUACCUGGGUUUGAGCUCUUGGAUAGUGCUGAUCAAAGCAUUCUUCUCUCCAGCUCGUCUGUGGAGGUCAUGUUCCUGCUCUUGGCUCAACAGUUUACUGAGAAUCCGUCCCUGUACACCUCAUCUCUGUAUCCUGGCAAUGUGAGUGACUCCAGUCACAGCUGGGUGAAAACCUCACAGUCUAAGACCAACAGUCAUGAGAUGCUAUUAAACUCAGGAAUGAGUGAGGAACUCUUGGGGCCUGUGCUGAAUUUCUUCCACAGUAUGGCAGCCAUCUCAGUGACGGAUGCUGAAUACGCUCUUCUCGUUGCUACUUCAGUGCUGUGCUCAGACAGACCCUAUCUGUGUGCAGUGAGCUGUGUAGAGAACCUGCAGGAAUUUAUUCUGGAGCUGCUUUCCAAAGUGUGCAGGAACGGGCAGGGUACGACUCACGGGCCAUGCCGUUUCGCCAGGCUGCUUGGCCGGCUAACAGAGCUGAGGACGCUGCACCACAACCACCUCACACUCCGACCGCAGCAGAUCUGGGACAUGCAGCAUUGAGACACACUGAUCAGGAAGACAGAGGACUACAUGGUCAGUUCCUGUGUUUAUAAACAUUCUAAGCAGGCAUGCUGGUCUAAGCACAGAAAACGUGGUGUUUGUUGUGAUUUGGGACAAACAAAGUGCUGGAUCAGCAUUCUUCCUCUGAUGUGUUCUAUGAAAAUGGACAUUUAGAAUAAACUGCAACUUAUUUUUGAUAAUACAUUAGUCCACGUCUAUGUGUUAUACCCUUGUACAAACUUAUUUUUACUUGGAUUUGCAUUUAUUUUUCACUAUACUUGAGGCCUAAUGGCUUGACUUAAAAAUAUACAAAGGUU